GUUCAAGUGAGAAAGGUGCUUAAAAAAUACAAUAUCUUCAGGAUGGAUAUGGAAGAAAGUGCUGAGGAGAGCAAUGCAGCAGGAGAACAAUAUGAAGAGGAAAUUGUCCCAAAAUUCAUUACUGAUGAGGUUUAUGAAGAAAUUACUCAACGUUCAGCUUCAAUUAUCCGUGAUUUACAAAUGUCAAAGCAAUACCUUUUCUCAGAAGAUGUACAAAAACUCUUACUUCUGUGCCAAAAUCUCCGACAAAAUAUAAUUGAUGAAAGGGACAAAAUCGAUCAAAUGAGAGGCGAAGUGAAUAAUGCUCAAGCGAGGGUACAGAAUGCAUUAAAGGAAUCAAUGCAAAAUCAGGAAGUCAUACAACAGCUAAAAUCCGAAAUUGAUCAGGCAUGGAAAAAUGCGGAUGCUUCAGCAUUGCGUGAACAAAUCGCUCAAGAGGCGAUGAAUGUGUUGCGUGAAAAAUUGGAAAAACUUCAAAAGGAAGCGGAAAAAUAUGCUGAUCGUGGAGAUGGAGACGACGGCAAUGCUAUGCAAUCAAAGAAAGAGGGUUUACGCGAACGAGACCGUUUGAUCAAUGAAAUUGAAGAGCUCCAAAAGAAAGUACAUGCACAAACAAAAUAUAUUGAGGAAUUGGAAGAGAAAAACUUUGAAAAUGAGGAGAAAAUCAAAGAUCUUUAUCGUCAACUCGAGGAUGUCUCCAAUGAUGCAUUUAAAGGAAAGCGAGCAUUUGAGCAAAUCUCAAAUAAAUUGCAGGAAACGACAGAUGAAAAGCAAUAUCUAUCGGAUGAAUUGAAGAAAUAUAAGCAACAAGCAGAAUCUGAGCAUAGGAUUGUGGUGCAACAGAAUAUGCAAAUGCUGGGACUUCGAGCCAACUUAGAUAAGCAAACCACACAGAAUAAUUUGAAUAAUAUGAAGCUGACCAGAUUAAAUGCCGAUUUUGAUAACAUGACUCAAUUGAAAGAUAAAUUGACAAGUGAUUUAAAUACAAAGAAUAAUAUCCUUAAAUUGAAAGAGGACGAAAAUGCAAAAUUUCGAUUAGAAAAUGCCAAAAUUAUUAAGUCGAGGGAAAUUUUAAUGAAAAAGAUGAUGACGAUUGACACAUCAAAGGCUGCAUUGGAAAAUGAAAUAUUGAAAUUAAAAAAUACUAUAUCGACAUUUGAGAAGGAAAGAGAAAACACAAAGAAGAUGAUAGAACAAGCAAAGAAAUAUGCAGAGGGAUUGGUACGUGAGCGUGAUUUAGUAAGGAAGGAUAUCGUCAAAUGUUCUAAGACUGUAAAUGAUCAGAGAAAUCAAGCAGCAAUAGUCGAUCAACAACUAAAGACAUUAGAAAAUGAAAUAAAGCAUUAUCAACACAAUGAACAGAAAUUGAAUAACACAAUUAGUAAGCUUAAAAAGGAUAAGGAACAAAUGACAGAAGACUCACAGAAUUUAACUGACAAAUAUGAUCUAUUGAAGGAAGAAGUCAAUACCAAAAACUAUCAAAUUAAUGACUGUAAAGAAAAAGUGAAUGAAAUCCAAACGCGUUUAUUAAAAACACAGCAUGACUUACAGUCAUCUCAAGGUGAUGUUAUCAAUCUAGAGAAGGAGUUGCAAUUGUCGAAAGAAACUUAUGAGGAAUUGAAAGAGAAAAUAAAAUCGACAGCAACACAAAUUGAAAAGUUGAAGGAGCAAAUUGUUGCGAAAGAAGAGGAAUUGAAAAAAUCACAAAAGCAUAUUGAGAAGAUUGAAAAGGAGAAGCAGGGAUUGAAAGUUGAAAUUAAUUCAUCAUUGAUUGCUUUACAACAUACGAAAUCCGAGUUGCAUGAGAUUCGAGAUGAAAAUAUUAAAUUGACAAAGACUCUACGGGAGAGUGAUGCCGGAAUAGAAAAGCUGAAGAAGCAGUUGGAUAAUCUAAUAAGUGAAAAGGAAUUAAUUACAGGACAAAUUACACGCAAAUGUGGAGAAAUUGAAUUGCUGAAUCAAAAAAUCAAUAUGAUGCAAAUGGCUUUGGAUAGAAGUAACAGUCAAUAUAAUGAUCGACUAGAGGAUGUGAAGUUUUUAAAAAUCGAAAUAAAAAAUUUACGCUCACAAAGAAACUUGUUGGCUCGAGGCAGUGCAAAUACGGCUGAUAUGCGACAAGAAGUUUUGCAAUUAAAUCGAGUUCUUGUACAGGAGAGAGUUCGUUCGAAAGCAUUAGAAAAUGAAAUGACAACGCCAAUGAAUGUUCAUAGAUGGCGAAAAUUAAGUGGAAUUGAUCCAGAUAAGGCACAACUUUUGUCAAAAGUUCAAAGUUUACAAAAACGACUUCUUCUCCAAACAAGUGUAUUGCUUAAGAAAGAUGAGACGAUACAGACAAUAACUGAAAAGGUUCAAUAUCUCGAAGAGUUUAAAGAGAAAUUACCAUCUCAAAACAUCAAAGAAGAUUUAAUGAUGAUGAGACACAAAUUAUCGGCUCAUACCAAGAAAAUGAAGGCAGCUCUUGUACUAUCAAAGAUUAAGAAUGAAGAUCUACAGACAAGAGAGACAUUGAUUGAAGAAAUGAAGAAUAAUUUAAUGGAACUGAAGCGACAAUUGCUUAAUGAGAAAAAGGAGAAGAAUAAGCUACUCGAACAAUUGAGAGAAUUCAAGAAGAAUGCCCUAGAAGCGCAAAGAGUCAUCAAUGAUUAUAAAAUUUGCGGUGCUGGUUUUAAGAUGAAUUGCUGAGAGCAUCAUAAAUUGAUUUCUCUUGCAUUCUCAAAUUAUUUUAUAAUUUUCAUUUCAAGCGUCAUUAAAGUAGUGAACUGUAAAUAAUUGAGCACCUGGGGUACAUGCCUGCAACAUACACAUAUUCGUACCCUUCACAACGUACGAGAGUAAUAACAUUUCAGUCAUUUACAUUUGCACCAGAUUUCAUUGGUUUUUAUACAUGAAAUAUUCUAUUUUAUAUGCGUACAUUUUAAUAUCCAGUG